AUGAUAUUUCUGUCUGCUCAUGUAACAUUGCAAGGUCUCUCUUGUGGUUCAAUUUCAACAUUCUCGGACCAGUUGUUUUCCUGUUUCAAUAUUGACUUAUCAAUCAAUCUAGGAAACUUGGCUCCAGGACAGUUGAAAAAAAUGUUGAAUAAGCAAAGAAAAGCACAACGAAAAGCCCAAGAAGAAAAAGCUCAAGCGUUAGCAGCUCAGGAAAAACGAGAUAUGCAUAAAAACCGACAACAGGUAACUAAUACCAGCGAUGAAGCUGACGCAUUGCCAUUGGAUGAACUACUUCCAGAAAAGUUGGAAAGAGUGGAAGAUCCUUUGGAACAAUCAAUCAAGUUCUUGAAACCACUUCAAGAACUCGCAUCAGAUAAUAUUGAAACUCAUUUAAUGGCAUUUGAAAUUUAUUACAGAAAAGAUAAGCUUUUGUUGAUGUUGCAAAGUAUCAAAAGAAGUCAUCGUAUUUCUCCAGAUCAUCCAAUGUUUCACAGUUGCCUAAUUAGAUUUAUGGAAAAACUAUUGAAACUAGACAAUAUUCAAGAAGAAAUGCAAUUGGUGCUUAAUAAACAACUAGAACCAAUAUUGGGUGGAAUGUCGGCUGCUGAUAUCAAUUCGCAGUUCCUCAAUAAACACCAAAAAUCAUUGCCAGCUUUAGUUCAGGGUUUGAAAAUGAAGUAUAAACUUGAUAAUAGUUUGCAACAAGAAGUUCUUGACCAAAUUACUAAGCUAGACGAUUCCCUGGAGGAUGUCAAUAUUCAAACUUGUACUGAUAUUUUAAAUUCAUUAAUCAAUGGUGAAUUUGGAGAAGUUGGUGAUGUUGCCGAAGAAUAUCGUAAAACGUGUUAUAAACGUUUCCCAUUGGCUACUGCUUUCCAUACAGAUCAAGAUCGUUCCCCAAUGGCAUUCUGGUCCAAUUCCUACAAAACGUUGAAUGAAACACAUGAUAAUUGUGUUUGUAAAAUAUGA